UCUGUGGUUAAUUCGCAACAAUACCCAGAAGCCAUGAUAUUCAUUGAGGGCCAUUCAUUCUCUACUCCUUCAUCCUCACCAUCUCAACCUCAGGUUCCUCUUUCUUCUUCUAUCUGUCUCUAACCCAUUUCCCUUUUUGUGAUAAUGUAGUGAGAAAACAAAUUAUGUCACUGCAUCAUUCUCUACCCACUUUUCUUCUGGCUAUAUAUGUUACUAAUAUUUUUACUUUUUAAUUAAUUGGUGGAAUUCUCUGGUUGACACUCUUUGUUUUGGUAUUCACAUUCUUGUUGACUUAUUCUUCUGAUUAAGUUUACUUGCUUUAGAAGGAGCACAAUCAUAGAAGAAAACUGGGAAAGUGUGAGUGAGAUCCAUUUAUUUAGGAACUUUUGCGAUAGAUGUCAGUUUUAGGUUUCGAUUAUUUAUAUUUAGUUUUGUAAUUUAGAGUCUUUUUUUUUUUUUUAAAUUUUAGUUUCUAAAUUUGAAGUCCAAAGCACACAAAUCAGUCACGAUUUGUAAUUCGGAGUUAAUUGGGUGAGAUGGAGGUGGCCAUAGUGGGGGUGGCUUUAAUGGUGGUUUUUGUUUUGGAUGGGUCUUUUUCAGAUUGGUAAAGUACGUUGAAUGGCUUACUCCCAAAGACUGAAAAUCAAAGCUACCUUUCAGUUAAAGGAAUUGAAUUAAAAGUGUUUCCAAUUUGCAUUCAAAAAAGGCAAAAAACUGAAAACUUAUGACAUCCCUGAAUAGGUGUUAGCCCAAUCUUCUUUAGCAAUUGUCUAUGUUGUUUACUGGACAACUGGGUUGAAUGAUAUUUGGACCAGUGAUAUUUUGUUUAAUGGUAUGAUUCAUUCAUUAGUUUAAGAUGGAGAAAAUUGAAGGCAUGGUGAUAGAUGAACUUGGAUAAGCUAAAAAUAUCAAAAAAUAAGAAACAGGCUAAAAUUGCAUUUCAUUUGUGUCCUACACUUGUACAGGCCUGAUUGUACUGGAUGAAGGCCUUUAGCCGAGAGGGCCUUUUGAGACUUCAUUUGGGCCUGUCUGCCUCUUCAUUGGGCUUGGGAGAUGAUAUUCUACUUGCUUUGCUGGAAAGUCCCAAUCUGAUAUCAGCCACAAGUUCUUUUAAGGCUAACCCAGAGAGGAAGUUCUUAGCAUCUGAUGAGUCUGGUUCAGAGAGAUCAAAGUGGGUUUAUAUAUUCCAGAAAGAAUAUGCUACAGUUGACCCUGCCCUCGUUGAUUUUGUUGGCACUGAUGAAGCAACAACGUGCGUUGGCCUUGUUAUUCGGAACAAAAAAACUGGAAUGACAUCAGUUGCUCAUAUGGAUUCGCCAGAAAUUGUAGAAAUGGGCCUUUCCCAAAUGUUAUCAUCACUUGUUGCAAACAGUCUGGAGACCGAGUUCGAAGUGCAUCUCAUAGGGGGGUUUGAAGACGUAUCACUGCAACAAGGAAAUGGUAGUGCAAUAUCAGAAAGCCCUGCAUAUUUGGAUGGUUAUUCCUUUCCUUUGUGUUCAAAGAUUGUUCAUACUCUUUGGUCAAGAGAUGAGAAGUUUCACCUCCAAACGUUCUGUGUUCUUGGACAUAAUACCAGAAGAGAUUCUGAUGGAAACACAUACCCCUUUUUCAAUGGAUUUGUGGUGGAGACUGCAUCAGGUAUUGUCAUCCCAGCUAUUUUUGAUAGAACUUCUAGAUGUCCAGAUGAGCUUGUCAGAAGAAUACGAGUAUCUGUUUCUUAUGAAGAUGCCAAUUGGAAAGAGAAGUUACUAGAAACAUAUGACUGUGGCUCUGAUUGUUUCAAAAUUGCUCCUUGUCGCUGGACUCUUCGUCAAUAUCAUAUUGCUCUUUCACUUCUGAACUGUUCUGAUUCGGAAAUUCUUUCAACUUGUUCAACUUCACCUACUGCUGAGGCACCAGACUUUGUGGAUAAUUUACGAAGACAGUGGAGUUAUUUGAUGGAGCAUCCACACUGGACAGAAACUUUUCCUAUGAAGCAGCCUCGCACUUUUGCUAGAAGUUGUGAUGGAAGGUGGAUAAGGUGUUAAUGACAUUCCAAGGUGGCUAGGGCUAAUCCUUUUCAAUAAUGCUUUAGCUUGUUAUUGAACGUUUUAUUUGUCAUUCAUGGAAGUUAUUGAAUUGCAGGCAAGUGGUUUAUAGUGUCUUAGUUUUAAAGUAAUAUAGUAUGUGAAAUUAGCAUUAAGUUCCUAGAAACUGAUAAGUGCAACAAAAAUGGAGAUUAGCCAUUAGUUGUGAAGCUCUAUCGUGAGCUUAGGAUAUGGUAUGAAAACCAUGUUCUUUAAUGCAUUAUUUCAGACACAGUUUUCUAUUGAGUGAAAUUAUUAGGACUUCAAAUUUUUUACUCUCUUUUUAUUUUAAAUUCUAGAUUAAGGGGCAGGAAGAAACUAUUAUAUAUCACGUGUAUCACAUGCUUGUAAGGAAAUUAUUCGUAGAGGUAUUUGCUAUUAUCAAUAAUGAAUUCAGG